UAAAAAUUGUUGUGGCGAUUUCAUACCUAAUGUUUAUUAUUUUACUGCAAUAAAUAGUGUUAAAUUCGCUUUUCAAAUGGCACCGGUGCUUUCCAAAGAAAUAUUUAAGAUUACUUAAUAUACAAAGCAUUAUAUAGAAAGAAAAUGUCAGUGGAAAUCAUUGAAAAUUCUGUCCAUAUUGGUGGUAUCGACGACGAUAACUCUGCAGUAAAACAAAAUGAAUUAUCCAGUGAUUCCGGCGUUGAUACGUUGGAGUCAUGCUCUGUUACAUAUCCUCCAUCAUCUGAGUCAGAUAUAUCGCAUAUAAAGAUUCCCGAAUCGGAUUUAUUUCAGGAUGAUAACGUUCUCGAAGAUCUCUUUUCUACAAACGAAAGUAGUUCACCUUCCUCACUUAGUAAAUCCAUAAGUUCUGAUAAUAUACAAAAUGGAUACUCAAACACCGAACACAGUUGUGACGUUCAUCAACUUAGUAAUACUGACAAUCUCUCAUUAAAGGAAGGGAUAAUCAAUAACAUAUCAGUUUCUCUAACAGAAAACAAGUCCUUAUCUGCAUCUGUAAGCAAUAUCACCAACAUACCUGAGUCUUCCAUAGACCUCAAAAAGUCAACCACCAGUCUAAAUGUGCCUGUAGAAAAAUGUAAUAUAGAUAUGUUGAGUAGAAGUGCUGAAAAUUUGACAAACCUAAUAGAACCUGAAAUUAUUUCAAGUACUGAAGCACUAAAUACUGAAGAAAUUCUCACACAAUUUGAUAAUCAAAAGCGAAAAGUUGCAGCAACCCAGAAAAUUGUACCAGAUACCCAGCCACACAUAGAUUUAAAAAGUAGACUGCCAAAGGAGAUACUUUCACAAGAUAUUGGUAGUAUUGUGAGAAAUGUUCAUGGUAUAUUUUCAUCUGUUUCGGGCAGUUUAAAAAGUGCAUACAACAAUCAACGGGUGGUCCAAAAACCAACCAAAACAGUAAAACCAGUUAAUACAAAAUUAUUGAGUGAUAUUUUUGAAGAUGGGGUUGAGAAAUUACCAGUGCUUGAUACUAAUGAAAUCCCAAACGUCCCAGAGAUUCCAAAACCAGUAGAAAUAGAUAGUGACAUUAAUAAAGACUUCAGUAAACUUCAAAUUGAAUCGUUAGAAAGGGUUUUAGCUGAACAAAGAAAAGAUAAUGUCUCUUUAAGAGAAAAAGUCAAAAGGCAAAUGGAAGAAUUACAGGCCAAGGACCAAUCAUUUAAGGAGCUCGAAGUCAAAGUUGACCUGAUGUCAAAACGUACUGAACAAGCUCAACGAGAAAAAGACGCGGCUGUGAUGCGCUACGCUAGCCUUGAAUGUUCAGUUAUAGAUGCUAAAAAGUCAGCAGAAAAUGCUGUCAAAGCUGAAAAGGCCGCUAUUGCAGAGAAAGACCUACUUGUCAAUAAAUUGAAGACCGCACGAGAUGAGAAACAAAGGAUUUGUCAGAUGUAUGAUGAUAAGUGUCAUGAAGUAUCGAAUACAGAAAGGGAAUUAGCUAAAGUCCGUGAGGAGUUAAAAGAGUUGGAGGGUAGGCUGAAGUGGACCCAGAGCAAACUAAGGGUUGAAAUGGACGCUUAUAAGGAAAGUACUGAGCGGGCGGAUAAACUCUCGCAACAACUUAGCGAGUUGGAAGCGGCGAAGGAAGCUGCGGUUUUGAACGCCACCGAUUCGUUGAAGGCUAAGCAAUUAGAAAGUGAAUUAAAAGAAACCCAAGCGACGCUCAUACUAUGCAAGCAUGAGAAGGAAGACCUGGACAAAAGACUGACUGCAGCUCUACAGCAGUUCGAGACUUGUAAGGGGGAAAGGGACGAGGCGACUAGUGCGCUCUCUCUCGCACAGGCUGAGUUGGAAAGAGUGAAGGCGCAUGCCAGGUGUCUCGAAGAAGAGGCUGCUGAGUUGGCAGCAUUGAGGGCUCAGGCAGCGCUGGCCGAUACACUUAGCUCACAAUUGCAAAGGGAAACCGAACUCCGGAACCAAGCUGAAGCGUCACUGGCGUUGGAAAGGGCGCGGUCCGAGACGUGCGUACGUCGUGAAGCGUCCGCCCUCGAACACGCCGCGAAGCUAACGGCUACGCACGUUGCUGAACGUGCACGUGCGUCAGAACACGAAGCUAAGGCGCAAGCACUGGCAGCGGAUAAUUCCUCACUUCGUGAGCGAAUUCAGUUCUUGGAAUCGGAGAUUUCGUCUCUGCAAAUAUCGUUGAAUGAUGAAAUGGAGAGGAGGAACAAGGAGACCAGGGUUUUGGCCAGAAAAGUGGCUGAACUGACGACAGAAGCCGCAGAAGCUAACAAGAAGUUGGAGUGGGAGAAGGGAGAAGUUGGAGUCUUGAAGAAGAAACAUGCCAGUGCUGUGAAGGAGUUGAAUCGCGAACUCCAGCGUGCGUUGAAACGCAUAGAACAACUCGAAGCUAAGUUACCGCAAAAUGGUGACACGACAUCUACGAGAACAGGCUCUGUGACGUCACUGAGCAGUGGAGAAGGUCCAGAAGAGAAGUUGCACAAUGGACACCAAAGUGACUUACCAGAAAUUCAGGAAACUCGAUCGCCUAAGACCAAAGAACCAGAUAGACAAGCCCUAAUCGAAAGGAUAGUCCAACUACAAAGAGCGGCAGCAAGACGCGCCGAACGAUGCGAGUUCCUGGAAGAGCAUUCGAAGCAGUUGACCAACGAGUUGCGGGGGAAGUCCCGGUUAUUGCGACACCUUCUUGCGUCUAUGCCCGGUGGAGCUGUCACAUCACAGAACAGUGAUAAAAAUAAGAAAGAGAUAGCGCGUCUUGGUGGGGGAGCAAUGGCGGCUGUGUGGGGGGGAGAUCCGAACGGAAUCACUCUUGAGCUCUCUCUUGAGAUUAAUAAGAAGCUUCAAGCUGUGUUGGAAGACACGCUACUUAAGAAUAUAACGUUGAAGGAAAAUAUCGAUACAUUAGGAGAAGAAAUAUCAAGGUUAAAAAGUAAAAGUGUUAAUUAAUUAAUUGUAAAUAUCAUCUUUGAAUGUGUAUUGAAUUUCUUAUAUAAAUUUAUUUAUUUAUAUAAAUGAUUCUAAUUUUACAUUUACUGCCAGUUCUCAAAUCAAGGGCGUAGAACGGAAGAGAUCUGAGGACUAGACCUAAAAGUAGAGUUUUAGUACAUAUACAUUGGCACACUAGUCGGUAUAUUCAUUAUGAUAUACACAUUUAAAGAUGGCAUCGUUCCCAUUAUUUCUUGUACCUGAUUUUAUUUACUAGCGUCAAAACAGUUUAAUAACAGAUUAGAAGUUAAAGUUCAAAAAGGCAUACAGACCAAAUUAUUUGUAUUGUUAUUCAUUCUGAACUUUAGUUCUGGCUUUGCGAAACAAAUUUUAAAGUGUUAUACCUAAACCUUUCUCAUGAAUUAUUGAAUAUUGGUGAAAGUCGCAGUUCCUUGUUAAGUUUUUGAGUUUGAUUUGUUUUAAAAUGUGCUGUUUUGAAAGUAUUGUCAAGUUUGUUUCACAGCAGAGUUCGUAAACCUUUUCGUUGAAGCACUUUCCAAAGUAAUAAAAUAUUUUUUUGGUUAUAAAUAGUCAUAAUACUCAACAACAUGGCUUUCUAUUCGUAAAAUUAUUUCGACAUAGACAGUAGACCCAGAUUACUCUUAAACCUCACAAAUUUGUUUAUAACAACAUUAGUCCAAUCACAGACUAAUACAUCGUUCCGUGUUACCAGUCAGAAAUAGGUGUCUAUAAAAAUAUUGCAUUUAUGCCUCUUUGAAUAAAUCUUCAGUAUUUCUAUACACGAUCGUAAAUAUAUUCUUUAAAGAGCAAGAUUUUUGCAAAUUUUGGGCGUAUUCCAAUCAACUUGAUUAAAUAUGGAAAGUUAUUCCAUCUGUCAACUGUCAGUAUUACCAUUUUAGAAAAACAACUACAUUUUGUCGUUAACCAUACCAUCUCCAUUUCUAAACAAUAUAAAAACCGAAAAAGAAAAAAACGUUACUCAUAUAGUAUAUAAUCAAAGAAAAAAAGAUAUUCAAAGACAGCCAUUACAUUUAAAAUAAAUCAUUAUUUACAAAGCAGCUGUUUGUAAUCCGCCAUUUUGUCUGUCAAAAGGUUUAGAUUUGUUUUCAGAUUUAUCAGUGGCUAGAUAAUCGGUAAUAUUUUUGUUUUUGUAUAGAUUAUACAACACAGAACAAUAUAUCAAUGAUUGCCAUACGUAUUUUAACGAGGCUCUAUAAAACUAUAUAAUUUUAAUAUUCCAAGUAUUAUUAGUAAUUGUUAAAUUAUAUAUCCACAAUUUAAUGUGACUGAAUAUUUUUUAGGUUAGGUUAUGGCAUCGGUGUAAAGUGCUUGUUUAUUACACUAACGCGUGUACAUAAGUACACAGUCUUUUUUUGACGGUGAGUUUCCUUUAAUUUUUAGUUGUAUAACGACUCCCUUGUUUUUUUGUUUUGAGAAAAUCCUUACACAUUUAAAGACUAACACAGAGUGUUUAUUAACCAAGUAUAUGCUAAAAUUUAAUAGAUACAAUUUAAGUAUCAAUUUGACAAUGUGAGAUUAGAAUUAAUACGUAAAAUAUACACAAGACAGGUGUGAUCGUAAGUUUGGUCCUUCAAAAAUUACACAUAAUUUUUGCCGAUGUCAUAUUUGUCAAAUAUAUCUUUGUGUUGUACUAAAUGAUAUAAAUUUAAAUGUUGGUGUUUGUUAAACCUUUAUUAAGUGAUAAUAAAUAUAUUUUCAAGUGA